AUGGCGAACAUCUCCGUUUGGGAGAAGGUUUGGUCCGAGGUGCGAUCUGGCCUGGUCAGUUCCGUGGGUGCUGAAGCGGCCUUGUUUCCGCUGGACACGGUGAAACUUCAACAGCAAGUCUAUGGUGGGACUGCCGCCUCGGUUUUGAAACGCCUGGUGGCGCAGAAAGGCUUGCGCGGAGUCUACCAGGGAUUGAUUGGGCGAUUGAUCCAGACCAUCACAUCCAAUGUGGGCUUCUUCGUCUGGCAGACGGUCUUUGUGCAAUUGAGCCUGCGCCAAGUGCAAGCGCACCAGCCAGGCCAAGAGAAGCUUGGGACUGUGACAGCUUUGAUUGUGAACAUGCUGGCACAGCAGAUCAAUCGCCUUUUGACCACGCCUUUUGAUGUGGUGGCCAGUGUGAACCAGGCGGAUCCCAAUUCCAAGGGCUUUUUUCACACCUUCUACCGCAUGGGGAGUACCGGUGGUGUAAAGGAGCUUUGGCGUGGGCUUCCAGUGGCUUUGCUGCUUUCCUUAAACCCGGCGUUGAUGUUCACGCUGGUUGGAAAACUCUCAGAUUUUGUGAAGGCCUUGCGAAAGACCGCUCCGGAGGGUUUUUUGAGCUCUUCUGACAUGUUUUGGAUCUCGGGGAUUUCCAAAGCCGUGGCCACUCUGCUCACCUACCCUUUGAUUCGGGCGAAGGCCGUGAUCCAGACCACCGGCGGAGAUCACUUGGGUCUCUGGGGGAUGCUGGCAGGCAUUGUGCGCAAGGAGGGGUGGCUCUCUCUUUACCAAGGGGUCUGGAUCAUGAGCUACAAGACGGUGCUCUUCAAUUCAUUGAUGAUGGCCUUGAAGCAGAAAGUUUCUCUGCUACUGAUGCAGUGGGAUCGGUUCCGGGAUACGAAGAGGCGGCAAGAGAAGCAGGCCGAGCUGGAAGGCCAGUUCCGCAAGAAUGUCACUUCAUGUUGUAGCUUGGAGAUGCCAUGGGAAGCGGCAGCUCGAGGCCAAAGUGUGAUGUAUGUGGAUGGCUCCUGGUGCUUCCUGCAUGAUGCUCAGGCUCACAUCCUUCGAGAAGGCAACAAGCUAGCCGACCACCUCAUCGUUGGUGUGCACAGUGACGAGAUUCACCAAGAGUCCGUCGGCACAUGGCCGGCGGAAUGCUAUGCAGAGCGUCUCCGGCGUUUGCGCAGGAAACCUUGGGCCGCGACGAUUCUUGAAAAUGCGCCUUGGGAGGUUUCUGCCGAGUUGCUGGAAGAGCUCUCCAUUGAGAAAGUCCUCGGUGGAUCUGUGACAAAGAUCGAGGAUUGCACCGGCGGUUCACCUCGGAGUCCAGAGAGGUCUGACCAGUUGUCUAUAUCCGACCCCUAUGCUGAAUGCAAGAGGCGGGGCAUUUUCGAGGAGGUGAAAUCCCUGAACGCCUCCACCGAGCACGACGAGUGGAUGCGCAAGGUGAUGAAGAUCGCCUUCUCCAAUGUGGAUGCCUCCAUCGACUGGCGCAUCCUCGCGAAGAUGGCUCAAAAUGGCAAGGCGUCCAUGUCGCCGUUGCUUCAGAUGCGGAACUUCCCGGAAGCAUGGAUGGCGAACAAUGGUGCUGAGAUCGAGCCGAAGCUCAGGAAGUUGCUGUCAACCUUCGGUGAUGUCACAGGACUCCAGAUCAACAAUACUCCGGGUGAGCCCAUUACCGCCAAGGCCAGCUUUGCGGAGCCUGCGAUGGCCGACAAGGCGGUCCAGGCACUCCAUGGGGUCGACAUGCGCACCGCCAAGCAGCGGCGGAGUAGUGGGCGGCCACCCACCGAGGAUGAGAAGUUUUGGGCGCAGAUCAUCUUGCCAGAAACAGCCAAGCCUGCGCGUGAAGAACCAAGUCAGGAGACAUACUUACUUGUGGAGGGCUUUCCGACGAGCUGGACAGAGGCCCAGCUUCGUGCCACCUUCCUUGCCUUUGGCGGGGUGGAACGAUUGACCCACGUUCCAGACUCCAGGUAUGGGCGCAUCGCCAAAAUUCUUCUCAAGGAUCCGGAUGCCAUGGAACGGGUGGUUAGUGAACUCCACGGCACUCGAGUUGGAGAUGGAGAUGUGGUCGAGGAAUGCGUUCUGCAUUGCAAAAUCACAAGCGCCGCGGUUCAGAAGAAGGAGGAGGAAGCUAGGCAGAAGAGAGAAGAGAAACAAGCACGAAAGCUGUACCGUGCGGAUGUGCGGAAGCGAAGGGAGGAAGCGCGCCAGAAAAAGGGCCAGGAAGACCACGAGGAGCCUGAAGAGCCUGAGCCGAAGGAGCCCAAGGAGAAGGUCAAGCGGAAAGAAGCUGCAAAGAAGGCCGCAGCACGCUUCGAGGAAGAGGAGCGUGAGGAGUUGCGGCGGCAUGAGGAGGAGGAAGCCGAGCGGGCGGCGGCAGCUGAGCAGCGACGGAAGGAGGACGAGGCGAAGAAGGCUGCAGCAGCUGCCGCGUAUCAGGAGGAGUUGCGUCAGAAGGCCAAAGAAGCUGCCGAGCGGAGGGAGAAGGAGCAACAACAAAGAGAAGCCGAACGGCAAAAGCGAGAAGAGAAGAGGAGGCUCUGGGAACAAGACCGCAUGAGACGAGAAGAGGAGAGACAGCGUCGAGAAGACAAGCGACAGAAAGCUGAAGAAGAGCGCUUGCGAAAGGAAGAGGAGGAGAGGCAACGUCGAGAAGAGGCGCGCAGAGAGGCGGAACGGAAGCGCGAGGAGGAGAGACAAAGGAAAGAAGAAAAGAUGCGUAAGUAUGAGGAGAGCAGAAUGAGGCGAGAGGAGGUGCGAACGAGGAAUGAGAUUCAACGCGAGCUUUGGGAGGAGGAAUGUAUGAAAAGGGAGGAAAAGCUGCAACGUUGGGUAGAGGAGCAAAUGAGGAUUGCAGCAGAAAAGAAACGCAAGCAAGAUGAGGAACGAAGGCGAAAACACGAAGAGGAGAUGCGGAAGUGGGAGGAGAAGCGCAUGCGCCGCGAGGAGGAGAUCCAGCGCCGAGCAGAGAAGGCCGUGAAGCUUGCGCAAGAGAAGAGGAAGCAACGAGAGGAGGAAAAGGCGCGCUUGCGAGAGGAAGAGAAAAAGAAAAGGGAGGAAGACAUGAGGCGAUACGAAGAAAGCCGCAUGCGAAGGGAAGAAGAGCUGCUGAAAUGGUAUAUCAAGGUGCUGCAGGCACGAGAAGCCGCUGAAGAGCGAAAGCGUGCCCGAGAAGAGGAGCGGCAGCGAAAAGAAGAGAAGAUGCGGAGGUGGGAGGAAGACCGCAUGGCCAGGGAAGAGGUGAGGCAACGCCGAGAGGACGACCCGAUUGCCGCGCGGGGCCACGUCGGGUCGUGCAAUCGCCUUCCGGGGGCUUUGCAUGCCUGCAGACGCUUGGUUUUUGGCGUUUUGGGCGAUGAAAUGAUGGAAGAGGCCUGGAGGGCGGCCAUGGCACAUCUGAGUGGUCGGGCUGAGUCUGGCAGUUUUCGGUGCCCGCUGCAGGGUGUUUGCAUCCCUGCAGUGUAG